CCCGUCCGGCUUGAAGAAGCGUCGCGCGAACAACGACGCGCCGGAGCAGAUUGCUGCGCAGCAGCCUGCAAACCCGCUCCUCGCGGCGUUCGCACCUUUGAAGCCACGCCCGCAGCAACUGGAUGCUGCCACGAAGAUGGCGCGCGCAAUCGACGAAGGGUUCCACGUCGUGGCGCAGUUGCCAACGGGCAUGGGAAAGACCGCGAUCGGCCUCGCACUAAGCCGCAGCGUGCGCUGUGAUGUGUCUGGUCGCGCUGCGAUUGUGACGCGGACGCAUGAGCAGGGGCGCAAUAUUUUAGCUGAGGCCAAGAAGAUGGGCGUCCGCGCGAUGGUCCGCACAGGUCGGCGCGAACUUUGCCUCGUUCCGGAGGUUGCGGCAAACGAGGACCCCAACCUAGCGUGCAGCAACAAGACCGCCGGGCUUGGCGGGUGCAGCUUCCACAAGAACCUUGACUGGGCCGACAUCGAGGACAUCACCCUCGGCGUCACUCGUUUCCGGGAGGAAGGACAGCGGCGAGCAUCGUGUCCGUAUUAUGCCCAUAAGCGGCUCACAAAGGUACUCGUUACAUAUAUAGAAACUUACUUUGCCAAGUUGAUUUCAUUGAUAGCAUGCUGAUGAGCGGGGUCCCCUUGUAGGGCGAUACACUGCUGACGUCCGUUCUAUCUUCUUCAGCUUUUCGACCAAAGAACUCACCUUGAUUCCAUCUUUCUGUUUGUUUCGUAACCCGUCACGACUUGGCCAUCCAAUCUCUUACUUUACAGCGAUAUAGCGUGCUGGUCACCACGUUCCCGUAUUGGUUGCAGCCGGGUUUAGAAAGUGCACGGCGUGAGCUCUUGAGCGGGACGAAGCUGGUCAUCUUCGACGAGGCCCAUAACGUUACGCUGAUACUGAAACUGACGUGUUGAAGCUGAUGCUGCUAAGCGCUGCGCUUCUCACUUCCCAGAAGAGGCAGAUGCUGGCUAAGUAUUCACAUUGAGUUAAGUUAUCUCCUUUCCGCGUCGAUAUAUAAGUGAAAGCGCUAGGCUGUAACAGUAGCUGCUCCAUCGUGGGCGCCGAUUUCGUUUUCUAAUAUAAUGCCGGGCGUUGUAACUGCUGCUGAAACCGCUUUCGCGCCUCAUCCUCGCUACGUGCCGCUCUUGGAGAUAGAAAAAGCACGACACCGCGACCGCCGGUGGCCGGUGGAGCUUCCCAGCGCGGUACGUACUUACAUCAUUAGCUUUCGUCAAAUUUUUUAGCGUCGUUCUCUGGCUACAGCAAACACAUGGCAUGCUCGGAGUCGUUAGAAGUACUAGUGGCUUCGCUAAGUCAGAGUGUGCACCUGUUGUUUGUGAAUACAGUGCGGGCAUGACUUCCCAAACCAUAACUCUGCAGGUCGUUGAAGAGCUGAAAAACCUCGAGGCAGACAGUUCGGCUCCGCAUGCUUUUCGCCAAACGCUCAAAGCCCCAGGCGCAAAGGUUUAUCUCAUGUUAUGACAGGCUAUCCUGUAGGGCUUUGUUUAUUUGAUUCAUUGAAAGGCUAGUGCGUCGCUUCGACUCGUGUAGUUUGUAUGGCCUCGAUAUAGAGGGGGGCCACCAAUCUCGUUAGUUUGACUAGGUAGCAAGGGCUCUUUGCUGCUUGCGCCCGUGGUUCUACUUCUGCGGGGUUUCUUGGCUAGCUUGCUUCGUCGAUCUUCUUUUCUUUACAAUUACUUCUAAAAACGCCGGCCAGCACCGGCGCGCCGUCUGCAGUGACGUCCGGAAGCAGUAGUGGCGGCAGUAGCUCUACUUCUAGUUCAUCUAGCUCGGUGAGCCCAGCACAGUGGUCAUCGGAUAAGCUGACGGCAGUGAGUGGCGCAUCCAGGUCCGCCAUCUUCGGAGAGAUCGCAAAGGCAGCCACGCUAGUGCUCAUGUCUGGAACGAUGUUCCCUGAUGCGUUGACCCCGCCGAUGGCCCAGGCUGAGGCGGUCCUCGGUUCAGAUGUGAAGGGUGUUCGAGUUUUUAAACUCAAAGAUGGGCCUGCGCGAGUCAUGGUGGUCUGCAACGCGGUCUCGAGUCUGUCGCAGGUAGGUGCCGUAAGCCUCCUCCGCCGCAGUACAUUCGACCCGAAGUUCGUCCUCAGUGAACACCGGAUAUACGUGGCUGAAGUGGUCCGCUUUUGUGUCCAUCUUUGGAAGAAAACGCAGCGCACUGGACUGGUCGUCGUUGCUUGCGUCUCGUAUGCGUCGGCAAAGGAGUUCGCGCAACAAGCGGAAGACCAGCUUCCCGACGUUCUGGUCGAAGGCCAAGGAGAUCAACAGCCGAGCACCCCUGUUUCUGGGUUGUUCUUCGUCGUGCACAAUGGGAAGUUCACUUAAGAGCGCAGGCUUCGCUUUUACUCUCUUCCGACUCCUUUUCUCUUUGGUUCUUUUUCUGGUAACUUUGCAAGUUUUAAAAAUCUGUUUCGUAUAAGAUUUCUCAAAAAUGGCCACGACUACUCUACGAGUGCACAAAAAUGGCCACCACGAGCGUUUGGACCUAGGAGAAAAGUGGCCACCACUAAGCUCCGAGGGAUCAGCCAAACACUUCUUGGAAAUUGAGACUGUCGGGGGUAAGCUUUUUCGUCGGGCGCUCGACGAAAAAGCUUACCUCUGAUUGUCUCAGAGUUUGCUUCGGAUGCCAGACAAACACCUCCUGGAAAUUGAGACUAUCGAUGGUAGACUUUUUCGUCGAGCGCUCGAUGGAAAAGCUUCUUUGCCUCUGAUAGUCCCAAUUUCCAAGAAGUGUUUGCUUCGCAUGCCAGCGAAACACUUCUAGGAAGUUGAGACUUUCGGGGGUGAGCUUUUUUGGCAAGCGCUCGACGCAAAAGCUUACUCACGAUCGUCUUGAUUAUGAUUUCCAGAGAGUGCUGAACUCGAGCAUUCAAAACGAUGGCCUGCCGUCUCUUUUCUUAUGAAAAGUGGCGGGUCAUUUUUUUGUAGAAAAUGGCCGCUCAUUUUUUUGCCAAAUGCGAGUAAGAAUUGACCGAAAUGAAGUGCAACUUUGUUGGAUUCUAGUCGCAGGAUUGCAAAUGGGUGCCCAUUUGCAAUCCUGCGACUAGAAUCCAACAAAAUUGCACUUCAUUUCGGUCAAUUCUUACUGGCAUUUUACAAAAAAAUGACCGGUCGUCUUUCAUGAAAAACGGCUGGUCUUCACCUUUUUGCUCGAGGCCAACACUCCCUGGGAAUCAAGACUAUCGGGGACAAGCUCUUUUAUUGAGCUGUCGAUAAAAAUAAAUAAGCUUGCCCCCGACCGUCUCAAGUUCCAAGAAAUGCUUCCAGAGGAAGUUGAUUUUUUUUUUGAGUAUUUCGGGGAGGGUAUGCAAAUUAUGAGGAUUUUGCCUACCCUCCCCGAAGUACUCAAAAAAAAAAGCCAAACGUUUGCUGAGCGCUUUUCUCCAUGGGAGCCGGCAAUGGCCUCAAGGAGGUCGAAAGCCCGGCCUUCGUGGUGUUUUGAUGUUAAACUUUUAUAAGACACUCACUCUAACUUCUGGAGGGGAGCAACAGAUUAGCGUCGGCGGAGCAUUUCGUGAUGGCUGGCUGUCCGUAUCCGCCGCCAUCUGGGCAACGACCUUGGGACGGCGAGCAAUCCGAGGCCACGAUGAUAAGGUCGACGCGUCAAUUCGUUGGGCGGGCGUACCGAGGAUCAGGAGAGGCGCGAACGGUGUGGCUCUUAGACCCGCGCUUCGCGCUCAUGAAGUGGAAAAUCGGACCAGAGUGGGACUGGACUAUCUGCGCCACCACUGUCGAAGCUUUUCAGAAAUAUGGAGUCACGGCGCAGGCGGCUGCGAGCAGCAGCGUGGGCGAAGUUUUCUGAGAAGAUGGCCUUAGAGCUUUGCGAAGUCAGAGCUUUAAUUGCAAAUCGCUCGACGCGAGAAGGUGGCUCGUGUCGAUGUAUAACCUGACGAGAGUAAAACUCUCUGAGAUUGCACGCAAGCCCCUCCACAUUGUCACCCCCACCCUUUCUUUGCAAACUUUCCCCUGAUGAUGUGACUGCAUCGCGCAACGCAUGGAUGCGCGGGGUCAGCUGGUGGCGUGGUCGUCUGAUUUUGUUUGAUGGCGCACGCUUCUGGGUUUUUAGCGAUGGC